AUGGGGUUUCUGUUAGGCAAGAACUUGUCGCUGCUGCUGCUGGUGGUGUCCAGCUCGACGCUAGCCGUCAUUGGGCAGCGUCCGGCCGCACACCUCGAGUGGAGUGAUCGUGAAUUUGCCCCGGUACCGGACGCGGUAAGUCCACGCGAAGAUCUCAUCGAUCAGAGCUACCGUCUGCCGACCGACACCGUGCCGACGCACUACACCAUUCGGUUGCACACGGACCUGCAUACGGGUAGUCGUGCGUUCAGUGGUAUCGUCGAUAUCGACCUGGACGUGGUAGUGCCGACGGAUGCGAUCACCGUACACAGUCGCGGUUUGACGAUCGCUGCGGCCGCCCUGUACGCGCGAGAGGCCGAUGGAGUGUUGGUCGAGCAUGGAUUCCCGCACUACGAACUGGAUGCACGCACGGAGCAGCUUACGUUCCACCCGGGCCAGAAGCUUCCGAUCGGGAGUUACGUGCUGACGGUGGAGUACAGUGGCUUGCUCGAAACGUCCUCCAACAGUGGCUUCUUCCUGAAAUCGUACGUCAACGGUGAGGGUGAGCGCCGGUACGUCGGCACGACGCAGUUCGAAUCGACCAACGCGCGUAUGGCGUUCCCGUGCUACGACGAGCCGCUGCUGAAGGCCGGCCAUACCCUCUGGAUCACCCACACUGGGGAGUACAACGCCGUUUCGAAUAUGCCCGUGGGUGAGGUCGUACCGUCGGCGGAACACGAAGGAUACGUCACCACCAAGUUCGGGCCAACGCCAAAGAUGUCCACCUAUUUGCUAGCGUUCGGUGUGUCGGACUUUGUGUCGAUCGAGGACGGCAGGCAGCAGGUGUACGCUCGACCGAACGCAAUCGACGAGGCCGCGUUUGCGCUGGAGGCGGGCGUUAAAAUAUUGGACGCACUGAACACCUACACGUACGUGUCGUACUACGACUACAUGCCCAAACUGUCGCAGAUGGCCAUCCCCGAUCGGGGCAGCGGCGCUAUGGAGAACUGGGGCCUGGUGAAGUACGGCGAGCCGGCCCUUCUGUUCAACCCGGCCCGCAACACGUACCGCGCCCGGAAGGGUAUUGCCGUGGUCAUCGCACACGAGUACGCCCAUCAGUGGUUCGGUGAUUUGGUCGGACCGCACUGGUGGAGCUACAUCUGGCUGAACGAAGGGUUCGCCAACCUGUUCGGAUACAUCGGUGCGGAUCUUGCCUACCCGGCGGAACGCUACUGGGAUCUGUACGCGGUAGAGAACGUGCAGAACGCAUUCGGACCGGACGCUACCGAUUCGAUUCGCCCGAUGACGCAGGAUGCGACGACACCGGCCGCCAUUUCGGGAUUGUUCGAUUCGAUCGCUUAUGACAAGUCUGGAAGCGUGCUGAACAUGUUCCGCACAGUGCUCGGCGAUGACAACUUCCGUGCUGGAUUGAAGGUUUACUUCCAGAACCGCCAACUGGACGGGGCUGUUGCGGACGACCUUUACGCCGGUCUGCAGGCCGCAAUCGAUGGAACGGACGUGCUGCCGGAGGGAUACACCGUGCAGCAGCUGAUGCGCAGCUGGGAGACGGCCCCGGGCUACCCGGUGUUGACCGUGCGCCGCAACUACGAUGACGGUUCGGUGAUCCUUUCGCAGGAGCGCUUCUACGAGGGCAAGAGCGUGCCGAACGCGAACCUGUGGUACAUUCCGUACUCGUAUGCCAGCGCGUCCAACCCGAACUUUGACGAGCUGUCACACUUCCGCUGGCUCUCGACGAAGGCCGAACGCGUGGAGACGAACGUCGCCGCCGACGAGUGGAUCGUGUUCAACAAGCAGCAGACGGGCUACUAUCGCGUGAACUACGAUGCCCACAACUGGCUGAUGAUUGCGGCUGCAUUGCGCGACGAUCCUGCCGCGAUUCAUCGUUUCAACCGGGCGCAGCUGAUCAACGAUGCGUUUAAUCUGGCCCGCGCCAACCGCCACGAUAUGGCGCUCGCCCUCGACCUGCUCCGGUACCUCGCGAACGAGCACGAAUACGUCCCGUGGGCAGCGGCCAACAAUGUGCUGAGCUACUUCUACGGCAAGCUGCGCGGUACGGCCAACUACCACGACUUCAUCGUGUACGUGGACGCACUGGUCGGGCCGGUGUUUGAGAGCCUCGGCGACAUCAGCACCGUGCCGGAGGAGGAAACCCUGCUGGCGAAGUACCUGAAGCAGCUCGUCUCGACCUGGGCCUGCCGGAUCGGGUACACCGAGUGCCUCCGGCAGACGACCGAAGCGUUGCACACGGCCGUCGAGACGAACACUCCCGUCCAUCCGGACGUAUCGUACGUUGUGUACUGCUACGGUCUGAAGGGUGCCACCGACGACGAGUACCGCUGGCUGUUCGAUCAGCUGAUCAGCUCACGCAACGAGGCCGAACGGACGCUGCUGAUCGAUGCGCUCGGUUGCGCCCAGGACCAGUCGCAGCUCGUCUCGCUGCUCACCGUCGCCAUCGGUAGCAACUCCGAGCUGGAGAGCUUGUUGCCAAGCGAACGGUCCCGCAUCGUCUCCUCGAUCUACUCUGCCAGCCGUGUCGGGGUGGAGGCGUUGAUUGAAGCCCUGUCCAAUCCGCUGCUAGCCCGGGAGUUUGUGGACCGCUUUGGCCAGGGUACGCUGAACAGCGUCGUGUCGAAUGUGGCCUCGCGUACCAACAACGAAGGUGAGCUGCACCAGUUGGAACACUUCCUGGCCGCGCUUGGCGAUCUGAUCAGCCCGGACACGGCCGAUGCGGCCGUGCGCACUGUCAAGACGAACUGGGACUGGUUUACAACGUACGAAGGUGUCCUAUCUACGACGUACUUCUCCGAGUUUACCAACUAA